GGAAGUGGCUGUUGGUAAUAGCUGUCAAGUGAGCCAGUUAGCCGUUACAGCUCUCUGGAAAGAAAUCUAGAUUAACAGAUAUAUUUAGAAAAAAUAGCGCGAAAAAAACAACCGUGUUUGUUUGUUUGUUGAGGCUACGUUGACUGGGUUUUAUUCCUCUCCAGUGGUCAUCAUGGGCGAGGUGGAGCUGUGCUGUCGGGCGUAUGUGAAGAUGUACCUGCACUCCUGUCUGUUUCCACGGUGCAGCAUCAACGGGCUGCUGUUGUCGUCCAGCCCGACAGGUGGCGCUGUGUGCGUGACAGACUGCGUGCCGCUGCUUCACUCCCACCUGCCCCUGGCUCCCAUCACUCAGCUGGCCCUCACACAGGUGGACGUGUGGUGUUCACAGACUCAGCAGAGGAUAGUGGGAUACUAUCAAGCCAAUGCCUGUGUGUCAGAUAGCAGCCCGACGCCGUGUGCGCUGAAGAUAGCCGAUAAGAUUUCUGAGCAGUUUGACAACGCAGUUCUGUUGAUGCUCGAUGGCAGUAAGAUGUCUCCGGACUAUCGCGUUCCUCCCAUCGUGAUGUACGAGCGCAAAGACUCAAGAUGGAUGCUCAAAGACAAACACACGAUAAUGCUGAGACAGUGGGAGGAGACUCGGGCCAUAGCCACUCAGCUGCUGGAGUCCGGCGAUCACACGCUAUUGGUGGAUUUUGACAGCCACUUGGACGACAUUACAAAGGACUGGACCAAUCAGAAACUGAACACCAAGAUAGCGGAGCUCACCUCGCCGGCCAACGGCAGCAUGUAGAGCCAACACAGUAGCAUCCGUUUGUAGACCUCACUUUUAUUUAUGUUCUGACUGAACCACGACACACACACACAGAGUGUAAGAAUCCGUUUAUUUUUAAUGCAUUUUCCCAAACUGGACAGGACAUAACAUAGAACAUGCAUAAAUAACAAUAUAUUUACAGUCCCUCUCAACCCCCCCCCCCCCCCGUGUGCCUUUGUGGUUGUGGUUCAACCCAACACCAGGCUGAUUUAAAUCCACCUUAAUAACACAUUUUAACACCACUGCCAUGCACCUGUGGUAUUUUUGGUCCAAUGUUAUGCUCUGUUGUUGUAUUAUUGUCAUUCCUGUGUGCACUGUAAUACUGAAGCCCUGCAGUAAAUACAAAUUUGUUGAGGCUUAAAAUGUUAGGUUUUUGGUCAGACUGUGAGGUAUUCAGGUUGAGAAUCAUGAUUAAGGUGGUAGUUUGUGUUGUACAGUAUGUAAACAUGGAUACAACUACAUUAUAGUGAGUUAUAAACCAUUUAUUAAAUGUCUUUAUAGUGCCUAAGACACUUCUGUUCGCCACUUUGUACUUUGUGUGUGUGUAGCUGCCUUUUCUAACCUCCAGUACGGUAUUCCCUGCCUGAGCGGUGCAUUAGUGGCAAACUCUACAAACAUUAUGUCCUUUUUUUAAAAGAGGAAAUAUACACAAACCUCACAGGAAAUCACACCAAACUACCACCUUUUAAAAAAAGAGUUGUAUAAAUGCCUCUGACAACCCCCCCAAAAACCAAAUAUUCUGAGCGUCAGCAGCCUGUAAUUACUGCAAGACUUCUGUAUUGAAAUGUACUUCAGUUUGCCCCCUCACACAUACACAAACCAACUUUUAAAAAUUGUCUACCGCAGUGUCCGAAUUUGGCGUAACUCUCUAAAACACUAAUCUAAAUGUACACUCUUGUAAAGUAGAUUAGUUUUUCUCACAUAAUAACAGCGGAGUAUAGAAAGACUUCGUCCUUUGAUUGGUUCUGACUGAGCACCUGUCACCGGACGACUAUCAACACACAUCUGUACGUGUAUCAAUGUGUUUACCCACAAAAGAGACUAACGUGAAAAGAAAUGACUAAUCUAAAGUUGGAUUUGAGUAGAUUAACAGGCAGCACAUUAAAAAACAAAGAUACAUCUUUUGCUCACUA